GAGCAGAAGCCGCCCACUUCCCUUCCCUUCACUUCACUCACUCUCUUCUUCUCUUUUCCUCUGUGACUUGGCUUUGAAUAUCAUGUCUCUCCCUAAUUAUUUUCUUUAACCCCCGCCCCCCAUAUCUUCGGAUUUGAUUUUCCUUUUCUCCUUUUUUUUUUCACUUUCUCGCUCUCCAAACACUCCAACCCUAACAAACACUAGUAUUCUUGUGAGCGUCGAUCUUGCUACAAAUUCGCCAUCGGUUCUGCGAUUUUGAGAGGAAAGCAGAAAAAGAAAGUGAGAGAUAAAGCGCUGGAUGAUAAGGAAAUCUCGAAAUUCGGGACUUGAGAAAGUAAUGUGAAGAAGAUCUGCGACUACCAGUAUCGGGUGCUUGAACACUGAAGAUCUGUGUCAUCUCAUAACUUGACACCUGUAACAUUAGCAGGCGCUGUUCAAAGUUUAAGCUGAUAAAAGCAUCAGCUAAACCUAAAGCUGCUCGUAUGGCAACUUGCCAUAGCAACUAUGGGCUCAGGCUGCUAUUUCAGGCUUAAUUUGCUUUCGCAAGCACCCUCUGCAACUGCAAAGAGCUUAAACAAGAGCCUCCUGACUUGGACCGUGAUAUAUCGAAGAGUAAAAACAAGGCGGUAUUAUCACCACUCAGCCAAAGUACUCUCUGUAAUAUCGUCAUCAAUGCAUAGGGCACAGUAACCCCACCUCACCAACACCAUCACAUCUUUCUCCCUCUAGAUACCUGUACCCACUUCUCUCUUCUAUCUACAAGUACAAAAAGAAGGCAAAGUGGGGUUCUUGGUGCUUGGCGUUCUUGUUUGAGAAAGGCAUGAAAGUGCCAUGGAGGUGGGGGAGAUUCAGAUGCAAGCCUGUAAGUUCUCCAGGGUCGGUAAUGGCAGAAAUGACUCUAUCAAGAUAGCACAGAGAGGCGGUGAACACUACCCCGACGAUGAACAAGAUGAAAAGCUGAAGAGGACCAAUAGUAACGCCAGUGGAGGCGGCGGUGACCUUGGUACUAAUCGUCUUCGUGGGUGGCACCAUUCGUCACGGAUCAUUAGGGUUUCUCGUGCCUCCGGUGGCAAAGAUCGGCACAGCAAGGUUUGGACUUCCAAAGGGCCGAGAGACCGGAGGGUCCGGUUAUCGGUCUCAACUGCUAUUCAAUUCUAUGAUCUCCAAGAUAGGCUGGGAUACGAUCAACCAAGCAAAGCCGUAGAGUGGCUAAUUAAAGCUGCUGCUGAUUCAAUCAACGAGCUACCUUCACUGAACAGUUCUUUGUCCGAAACCCCACCCAAGCAAUUAAGCGAUGACAAGAGAGUUAGCGAGGUUACGGACCAAGGGUUUGAUUCGCCUGAAUUGGAGUUGGAAGGACCUAAUUUCAACCAAGACCCUAACCAGCAUCUCUCUUUGUCCAAAUCUGCUAGUAGCAACUCGGAGACUAGCAAAGGUUCUGGCUUGUCCCUCGCGAGAUCCGAAAUUAGGGUCAAUCGCGUCAAAGCCCGUGAGCGGGCUAGGGAGAGAGCUAAGAAGGAGAAAGAUAACGAUUCACAUCAGCAGAAUGUGAAUCCCAUCUCCCAAAACUCCACAUUCACUGAGCUACUUACCGGUGGAAUGAACAGUAGUGUUGGUAACAACGGCACCAGUCCUACAGGCAACUCUAAUGGGAGGCAGUGGGCCUCAAGUCCAAUGGAUUACUUCAAUACGGGGCUACUUGGACCAUCCUCGUCUCGAGCUGGUCAUCAUCCGUCUGGGUUUCCGGGACAAAUUCAAUUAGGGAACUCCAUCCCUCAGGCAUUGCCAAUCCCACCAUUCAGCGUAUCUGGGCAGAACCAUCCGGAGCUGCAGCAUUUUCAGUUCGCCACCGUCGAUCAUCUUAUCCCUGUGGCGGCGACCACCCAGCAGGGACACGGGGGAGAUUACAAUCUUAACUUUAGUAUCUCUUCCGGUCUAGCUGGCAUUAAUAGGGGGACCCUUCAGUCCAAUUCACCGUCUAUCAUGCCUCACGUCCAGAGGUUUUCAUCACCUAUAGACGGGGCAAAUGUACCUUUCUUCAUUGGUACACCACCUGUCGAGAAUCAUCACCACCACCACCAGUUCCCACCUGGCUUGCGGCUCUGCUAUAAUGACGGAAGCAGACGCCCAGACCAAAAGGGAAAAGGGAAGAACUGAUUCAUUUCAGUCCUCUUUGCCCAUCUUCUUCUGGAAAAAUGGAGAUGGAGAAAUGGCAGCUGGGCUGAAGAGUAAAUGCAAAACUUCCUUGCGUGGCUGGCCAGUUAUUAUUAUGCUUCGUAAACUGUUGGUAUUAAUGCUUGAUCCAUUCUGAGGUCAUUGAGCUUCAUAUAAGAGGAUGUGUUUUUGUCUCUGCAUGCAUGCAUGCAUGCUGUUGUGUGUUUUGAAGAUGUAUGAUGAAAUAUUCGAUUGAAGUUAUUUGUUUCAACAUAUAGUUUCAGACUGUUAACACUAGUUAGUUAAAGCUAAGCAGCACUUUAAAAGAA